AUGGCUUCUUUCACAGAUCCUGAGAAGCAUGCUCCCGUCGAGGAUUAUGUCGGUGAGGUCGGUAUUGGAUCAAAUCCCUUGGUCAAUGCCGACAAGCUUGCGCGUCGUCUGUCUGCUCGUCAAGUGCAGAUGAUUGCUAUCGGUGGUACUAUCGGUACUGGUUUGUUCUUGGGUACUGGAUCAUCUCUCGCCACCGGUGGUCCUGCCUCGAUGCUGAUCGCAUAUGCCAUCUGUGGUGCCAUUGUGUUCAUUACUAUGCUUUCUCUUGGUGAAAUGGCUGCCUUUGUGCCUGUUGCUGGAUCUUUCUGUACCUUUGCGGGUCGCUUCGUUGAUGACGCUCUCGGUUUUGCUUUGACUUGGAACUACUGGUUUAAUGAUGCAUGCUCAACGGCUUCAGAUAUCAUUGCCUUGCAAUUGCUCUUGGAAUAUUGGACCAAUAACUUCCCUGGCUGGGCUAUCAGUUUGAUCUUCCUGUUCGUCGUCAUUUGUCUGAAUCUGUUGUCAGUCCGGGUAUACGGUGAAGUCGAAUACUGGCUGAGUUUGCUCAAGGUCAUUACCAUUAUCAUCUUUAUCAUUCUUGGCAUCGUCGUCAACUGUGGUGGCAACAAGGACCAUGAGUAUAUUGGCGCGAAAUAUUGGUACAAGGGAGAUGCUCCUUUCGUCGGUGGCAUCGGUGGAUUCGCAUCCGUCUUCGUCACAGCCUCCUUCGCCUAUGGUGGUACCGAGUCUAUCGCCAUUACUGCCGGUGAAACGAAGAACCCCUCGAAGACUAUGCCCAAGGUCGUGCGAAACGUCUUCUGGCGUAUUGUUCUGUUCUACCUCCUCUCUAUCCUGCUCAUCGGCCUGAACGUUCCCUACGACUACCCCGGUCUGUCGGACGAGAACACCCGCACCAGCCCUUUCACUAUCGUCUUCCAGGAGGCAGGUAGCUCCGUCGCUGGUAGCUUCAUCAACGCUGUGAUCAUGACCUCUGUCAUCUCUGCUGCCAACCACGCCUUGUUCGCGGCUACUCGUCUCUUAUACACUCUUGCCGUCGAUGGCUACGCUCCCAAGUUUUUCGGCAACUUGAACCGUUUCCAGAUUCCUUGGGUUGCAGUCAUUGCCAGCUCUCUCAUCAGUGGUCUUUGCUUCGGUGCAAGCUAUAUUGGCGCAGGUCAAUUGUGGUCCUGGUUGCAAAAUAUCGUCGGUGUCUCCAACCAACUCUCUUGGAUCUGUAUCGGUCUCGCCUCCCUCCGUUUCCGUGGCGCCAUUCGCGCCCAAGGUCUCGAGCACCUUCUUCCCUUCAAGAACUGGACCUACCCCUACGGUCCUAUCUUCGCUAUCGGACUCAAUAUUGUCCUUGUCUUGGUUCAAGGCUGGAGCUGUUUCAGCCCGCACUUCAAGAAAGUUAGCUUUGUGUCAUACUAUAUUGAAAUCCCCAUCAUGAUUGUCAUGUUUGUUGGGUGGAAGCUUAUCAAGCGGACGCGCAUCGUGCGGACUGCGAAUAUGGAUCUUCGUACAGAUCGUUAUGAUGGUGGUAUUGAUGAUGAGCAUACCCCAGAAGAAGUUCAAGAGCCGGAGAGGAAGGGAAUUGUUGGGAAGGUGCAGCGCUUUGGACAGUGGCUGUUCCUCUAA